UUUACUGAGCCCUCCACUCAAUCUCUCCAGCACCUCGCCACCUCCUCCUUCCUUUUUCCAAUCUUCCUUCUCACUGCGUCGCCACCUCCUCUCUCUGAGUCCCUCACGGUGUCGUCCCUGGCCUUCCUCCGUCGCAGCCGCCGCUCACUCGACGGCAACUCUACUUCAGCAACGCCUCUGCUCUGUAGCCGGCCGCCUUGCAAUAAGUUAGAUUUACAUAAUGCAGUCAAAAAUGGCUUUAUCUUCGAUGGAAGUAGAAGCUCUCCCUUCUGAGGCAAAACCAUUACCUCCAAAGCCAAAGUUCGAGCCUUUGAAGCCUCAUGAGAUGUCGGAUGGUCAGGUUCAGUUCAGGAAGGUGUCUGUUCCACAGCAUCGCUACAACCCUCUCAAGAAAGCAUGGAUGGACAUCUAUACUCCCAUAUAUGAACAGAUGAAAAUUGACAUCCGCAUGAAUUUGAAGGCUCGGAAGGUUGAACUGAAGACAAGGCCAGAUACACCCGAUAUUAGUAACCUGCAAAAAUGUGCUGAUUUUGUCCAUGCUUUCAUGAUGGGCUUCGACGUCAUAGAUGCCAUCGCUCUACUCCGUAUGGAUGAACUCUAUGUCGAGUCCUUUGAGAUCAAGGAUGUUAAGACACUUAGAGGUGAUCACUUGUCUCGCGCUAUUGGAAGAUUAUCUGGUAAAGGCGGUAAAACUAAGUUUGCAAUCGAAAAUGCAACUAAGACAAGGAUUGUGAUUGCUGACACCAAAAUACACAUUUUAGGGUCAUUUUCCAACAUCAAAAUUGCAAGGGAUUCUCUUUGUAGCCUUAUCCUGGGAUCACCAGCAGGAAAGGUAUAUUCCAAACUAAGAGCAGUUACUGCUAGACUGGCAGAGAGGUUUUGAUCUUCCUAGUCAUGAUACUGGAUUUUUUUUGGGUCUAAUUCUAUAGCUAUAUUAUGAGAUGAAGUGUGAUGAGGAUGAGUUAUUUGGUAAGUGGUUAGUUCUUCAAUCCUUUUUGUUUAAUUCAGCUAUUUGUCCAAGUUGAAAUCAGAAUUGUAAGUGUAAUGGAAUAGCUGUAAAGUUUUGUUCGAUUAUAAAGUAGUUAUUUCCAAGGUUCUUCAA